UGCCCGCCGCUGGCCCUGCCCGCCCGGCCUUGCUUGCUCCAGAGCCUUAGCUAUGGCCUUCCGGAUCCUGGUCUUCCUUUUUGUCCUGCUCUUCUCUGGAACAGGAGUCACCGGCACCUUGAGGAGCUCCCCAGACCCAAGCCUGGAGAUCUACAAGAAGAUGUUUGAGGUGAAGCGGCGGGAGCAGCUCCUGGCACUGAAGAACCUGGCACAGCUGAACGAUGUCCACCAGCAGUACAAGAUCCUUGACGUCAUGCUCAAGGGGCUCUUUAAGGUGCUGGAGGACUCCCGGACAGCGCUCACCGCGGCCGACGUGCUCCCAGAGGGGCCCUUCCCCCAGGACGAGAAACUGAAAGAUGCUUUCUCCCAGGUGGUGGAGAACACGGCCUUCUUCGGUGACGUGGUGCUGCGCUUCCCGAGGAUUGUGCACCACUAUUUCGACCACAAUUCCAACUGGAACCUCCUCAUCCGUUGGGGCAUCAGUUUUUGCAACCAGUCUGGCGUCUUUGACCAGGGGGCCCACGCGCCCAUCCUCAGCCUGAUGGCCCAGGAGCUGGGGAUCAGCGAGAAAGACUCCGACUUCCAGAACCCCUUUAAAGUAGACCACGCCGAGCUCAUUUCCAGCACCGACCCUUUCCAGAAGGCCCUGAGGGAAGAGGAGAAACGCAGGAAGAAAGAGGAGAGGCGGAAAGAGAUCCGGAAAGGCCCACGCAUCUCGAGAUCCCAGUCUGAGUUAUAGCCUGGGGCAGCUCAAGGGCCAGGAGGCGGCAGGGCCUGGGUGCCACCGGUGCUGCCAGGUGCCUGUGAGUCGGCCUGGGGACCGACGCUGAGCUUCCCCCGCCGCACGACUCAGCCCCAGCUGAAGGGCCUGAGCCCGGAGGGCCAGAUUUCCUCCAGGGGGGCCUCCUGGCCUGGGGCUGUCGGGGCCUUGAGGACACUGUGCUGCCGAGCUACCCUGAGGCGGUGUUGGGAGGCAGGAGGGGUGGGGCUGGGCCCUUCCGGAGGGUGAGGGCCGCUGGCCAGCUGGCUGCCACCCUUCUUGGGGAGGCCACAGAGCCAGACUCGGCAGUGGGGGGUGCCACAUCUGCGCCGGCCCGGCCGGGUCGCACACUGCCAGGCCUCCAGCGCCAGUGCCCCGCAGAGGCACAAUAAAGGCCAUCGAAGCGUCCGGGCCCGCUGAGACUGGUUGGGGUCCCAGGGAGCUCUGAGUCCCUUCAGGAGCUUGGGUUGCACCAGUGACCCUCAGACGUGUAGAGACCAAGAGGCUCUUGCCCUUUAGGGGCGCCCCAGGCACUCAUGAGGCAGGAAAAGUGGGGUCUGUUUCAGGCUUCUCACUGCCCAGCACCGUCCUGACAAAGGGUCAGUGUUAGGAAGGCGAGGGGGAGUCCCAGAGCCCCAGGAGGUGGUUAGCCCAAGCAGUGUGGUCACCCGGCACCGCAGGGGCUCUCGCAGGCAGAUGUUUCUCUUACGCAAGCCAGUGGUCCCCCUGAGACCGAGGGGCGCAGAGAGGCAGUUAGCCAUGCCGCGGAGUGGGCCGGGCAGAGCGACGCGAGCUCUGUCUGGGUACCUGGGCUGUCCUGAGCAGCCCGGAGAAGCGUCCACUUGUGUUCGUUGCGGCAGCUCCGGGUCCUGAGCCAGUGAGCGGGGCCUGGGCCACUCCUGGAUGCUGCAGAGGCUGCCCCAGCAGGCGGCCGCCCUGGUGGCGAUGCCUGCUCUCUGGCCCUCGCCAAGCGGGAGCUGCCUCUCAGCAGGGCGGAGACACACGCCGCUGCAAGCCCCCGCCCCACCCCAGUAGGAGCCGAGUCUCCCCUGCAGACUCGCUGCAUCGCAGCCUUCCCUGUGCGGUGGCUUCCUGCGGCCGGCCGAGCCCCUGCGCCCUGCGCAGCCCUAAGCUGGCUCUGAGGCCGGGCGCUGCCUGACAGCUGCCUUUCUCCCACCGCUCUUCCUUUGUCCCUACAGCUGUGAGCCCCCCCCCCCAGGUGUGCGCAGCAGGUGGGCUGCUCUUACCUGUCCUCACCUCUGUGGCCGGGGAGGGGGGCACCCCUAGCUGGCUCCUUUGUCUUCACUUUCAGCCUCUUUCCACCCUGGCUGACUCUGCUCCUGCCCUCAUGGGCCCAGUCGCUCUGCUCACCUUCCCUUCCGGACGCUUACUCGAGGCUUACUGUCCCCAGCCUGCCUAUUCCCUGCUGCCCCGGGCUGGAAGGGACCGAGGUCCAGCCUCCUCACAGCCGGGGCUGGCUGGUGACUGAGCACCGCCAGCCAGAAGCCGAGCUGUGACGCAGGGACCAGGGCCGCUGGGAGUGGGGGUUUCCAGAGUCCAGACCCUUGCUGGGGUGUGAGGGGCGUCCUGCCGCUGCCCGGUGUUCAGUGGCGCUCCCGGCCUCUGCCCCCGGAUGCCAGUGGCAGUCUUCUAGGUGGCACGAACAAAAAUGUCCCCUUGUUGCCAGAUGUCCUCUGGGGACAAGAUGCCUAGAGAUGAUGUUGGCGGCUCUUGGGGAUGACCUGCCGGCUUCUAGGACUAUUGGCCCUGGUUCUCGGCCCCUGUCUGAGUCUGCUUUCUCUUUCCGGGUCUUCUCACCUGCCCCUUAACAGGGUUCUUUCAGCUUCGGCUCCUCUGAUUUUUCGUAUGGCAGUUAACGUUUUCAGACCCCAAAGCUUUGACACUUGCCCUGAUGCCACCUGCCAACCAGUGUCAAGCAGUGGGGCUUAUGCUUUUUGCUUAAUCCUGGGGGAAGUGACAGCGAACUGAGUCCUGGCAGAGUGAGGAGGUGGGGGCAGCCCCUGGGGGUGGGGUGGAGGCCCGAAAGGGAGGGCUCGGAGAUACAUGUGGACGCCGGCCAGCUCCUGGAGGGGCGCGGGGGGUGCCCGUAAGUGGCGGCCAUCUGAGCACCAGGCCUCGUCCAGUCCCUCCCUUUGCCGACAAAGACCCCAGGCCUGGAGGAGCAGCUUGUGCAAGGCUGCCCCCCCCAUCCUGGCGAGGGCGUGGUGUGGCCGGAAGGGGUGCUGGGGCCCCCAGGGCAGAGGGCUGCAGUGUUCGCUCAGGUUGGGGCUAGCGCUGCCGUCUUUCUCCUCACUUGUCCCACCUGCAUCUGUGCUCGCUGCUCUAGUGCUGUGAUCCCUGGGCAUGUCCAGCUGGGAACUCUGCCCAUCGAUUGGACCUGGUACUCUGGCGGCCCUGGGCAGGGCUCCGGGAUGGGAGGGCACUGGGCCAGAGUGAGUCACGGUAGGCCAGCGGACAGUCACCCAGUGUGGGCAGCCCCACGAGGGCCACUGAGAGGCACCGUAGGAGGUGGCAUGGUCCAGGCGGGGCAGCAGGCUUGGUCUCUUUCAGGGGGAGUGGUGCUGUCCACGCCAAGCCUCCUGGUGUACCCACCCCCGCCCAGGUUAGAUGCUUUUACUUAUUUACACAUGUUCGUUAUGAAAAGUGCUUUAAGCAGCACUGAAAUACCAAGGAAGCAAAAUCUGCGCGAUACCCAACUACACCCCUAGACCUUGCUGGGUCAAGGCCACUGGCCAACCCCCCUUCUUGCCUGUGACAUGAGAACGCAGACACUGCAUUUUCAGUUGCAGUGUUUGGGCACACAGUGUGUGCCAGGCCUGGAGCCAGCUACUCUGCCUCAGGCCCUUGUCCAUGCUAUUGGGUUCCCACCGGCUGUGCCAGACCCAGUUCUCAAAAGUUUCAGCUUAAAUGCCAGCCAGCAUCCUUGCCGACAACCCCAGCUGCAGCCUCUCAGCCCUUUCUCUCCCUUGAUGGCCUGUGGCGUUGUGUCAUUUGUGUUUCACAUCUUUUCCUGGCUGGACUGGAUGCUGUCAGAGGGCAGGAGCCCUUUGCUUGCCAGAGAUGUUCAAUAAAGAUCGUCA